GCAGUGGGGCCCCACGGUGCGCCGCCGUCUGUGGUCGCCGACUCCAGCUGCGACCUGGGUGCUCGAGAUGUUGAAUAGAUGCGCAGCAGAAUGGAGACCCGAGUCACUGACUGACUGGGAAAGUGUUCGAACUUAAGCAGAAGCACAUUUGUGAAGACAAAACGCGAAAGAGGGUAGAAAACAUUUUAUCUACAAAACAUCUCCUUUAAUUUCAGUCCAGCUUUUUCCAAUAAGGAAAUGGAGUAUCCACACUACUAUAAUAAAGACGACAAUGAUGAAGAAAGUUUGCUUGAAAAUGUUGCUUCAUUAAGACAUGAACUGAAAAUAACAGAAUGGAGUUUGCAGAAUUUGGGGGAAGAGUUAUCCAGAUGUCUUUUUCAUCUGCUUCUAUGGAUCAAGAGAUUAAAAGGCUUCGAGAUAAACUUAAUAAACUUAGGCAACAGAAUGCUUGUUUGGUCACACAGAAUCAUUCUUUAAUGACUAAAAUAGAAUCUAUCCACUUUGAAUUGACACAGUCAAAAGCAAAAAUGUCUAUGCUUCAGUCUGCACAAGAGCAGGUAGCCAACAUCCCAAUCUUAGAAGAACAGAUUAUAAAUUUGGAAGCAGAAGUUUCAGCUCAAGAUAAAGUGUUAAGAGAAGCAGAAGAAAAAUUAGAACAGAGUCAGAAAAUGGUGAUUGAAAAGGAACGUAGUUUGCAAGAGGCCAAAGAAGAAUGUAUAAGAUUGAAGGUGGACUUACUUGAACAAAGUAAACAAGGAAAAAGAGCUGAACGACAAAGGAAUGAAGCACUGUACAAUGCUGAAGAGCUGAGCAAAGCUUUCCAGCAGUAUAAGGAAAAAGUGGCUGAAAAAAUGGAAAAGGUUCAAGCUGAAGAAGAAAUAUUAGAGAAAAAUCUUAAUAACUGUGAAAAAGAAAACAAAAGACUUCAAGAAAAGUGUAAUCUGUAUAAAAGUGAACUUGAAAUUUUGAAAGAGAAAUUCAGGCAGUUAAAAGAAGAGCAUAGCAGUGGAAAAGAAAAAUUAAGAAUUAUGGCAAUGAAAAAUUCAGAAGUUAUGUCACAGUUAACUGAGUCUAGACAAAGUAUCCUGAAGCUAGAGAGUGAGUUAGAGGACAAAGAUGAAAUAUUGCGAGAAAAAUUUUCUUUAAUAAAUGAAAACCGAGAAUUGAAGGUUCGUGUUGCAACACAGAAUGAACGACUGGACUUGUGUCAGCAGGAAAUUGAUAGUUCAAGGUUGGAACUAAGAAGCUUAGAAAAACUGAUGUCCCAGAUGCCAGUAAGUUUAAAAAGAGAAAUAGUUGGCUUUAAGUCAUCUUUUUCUAAGCACAUGACGAAUAGUUUUUCUAUUAAGGAGGACAAUCGCAUUGGCUGCUGUGAGGCAAAUAAAUCGAUGAUUUCAGAAUUGAGGAUUAAGCUUGCAAUAAAAGAGGCUGAAAUUCAGAAGCUUCAUGCAAACCUGACUGUGAGCCAGUUAUCUCAUAAUGCUGCUGCUUAUGUUCAGGAAGGUGGCAAAACAAGUGUUUUAGAAACAGAACCUGUAAAACUAGGUGGUGGUCAAGCUGAAAGUAUAAAAGAUCGAAACCAGCAUACCAUGAAGAAGCAUUAUGAAAGAGAGAAGGAAAGACUUGCUGCUGGAAUAGAAGAACUGCAUGCUAAGCUGGCACAAAUAGAAGCUGAGAACUCUGAUCUGAAGGUUAACAUGGCACACAGAACUAGCCAGUUUCAGCUAAUUCAAGAGGAGCUGCUGGAGAAAGCUUCAAAUGCUACCAAACUGGAAAAUGAAAUAACGAAGAAAUGUUCUCAACUUUUAACUCUAGAGAAACAGCUAGAAGAAAAAAUUAUUGACUAUUCUUCUAUUGCUGCAAAAAAUGCAGAACUUGAACAGGAGCUCAUGGAGAAGAAUGAAAAAAUAAGAAGCCUUGAAUCCAAUAUCAAUACAGAACAUGAGAAAAUUUGUUUUGCUUUUGAAAAAGCAAAGAAAAUUCACCUUGAACAGCAUAACGAAAUGGAAAAACAGAUUGAGCGACUUGAAACUCAACUAGAGCAAAGAGAUCAACAAUUCAAAGAACAAGAAAAGACUAUGUCCAUUUUGCAGCAAGAUAUACUAUGUAAACAGCAUCACCUUGAAUCACUCGAUAGACUUUUGACGGAAAGUAAAGUGGAAAUGGAAAAAGAAAAUAUGAAGAAAGAUGAAGCUUUGAAAGCGUUGCAAAUUCAUGUAUCUGAAGAAACAGUCAAGGUCAGACAACUGGAUUCAGCAUUAGAAAUCUGUAAGGAAGAACUUGCUUUGCAUUUGAAUCAGUUGGAAGGAAAUAAGGAAAAAUUUGAAAAACAACUGAAGAAAAAGUCUGAAGAGGUAUAUUGUUUGCAGAAAGAACUAAAGAUAAAGAAUCAUAGUCUUCAAGAGACUAGUGAGCAAAAUGCUAUUCUACAGCAUACUCUUCAGCAGCAGCAACAGAUGUUACAGCAAGAGACAAUUAGAAAUGGAGAGCUAGAAGGUAUCCAGAAUAAACUUGAAAAACAGGUAUCAAAGCAGGAACAAGAGCUUCAGAAACAAAGGGAAAUCUCAGCAGAGAAGUUGAGAAUAAUGGAAGAGAAAUAUGAAACAGCCAUACAUGAUGCAGAUUUGAAAAGGCAAAAAAUUAUCGAACUUACUGGUACUGCCAGGCAAGCCAAACUUGAGCUGGAUCAGUACAAAGAAGAGCUGUCUAAAAUGGAAAAAGAAAUAAUACAUCUGAAACGAGAUGUGGAAAAUAAAUCCAUACAUCUCUCUCAGUUAGAUAUGAUUUUAGAUCAGACAAAGACAGAACUAGAAAAGAAAACAAAUACAGUGAAGGAGUUAGAAAGGUUGCAGCACCACACUGAAGCUGAACUGACAGAAACCAUGCAGAAACGGGAAGCACUAGAAAACGAGCUACAGAAUGCUCAUGGAGAAUUGAAAAGUACCUUAAGACAACUACAGGAAUUGAGAGAUGUGCUACAGAAGGCUCAGUUAUCAUUAGAGGAGAAAUACACUACAAUAAAGGAUCUCACCGCUGAACUUAGAGAAUGUAAGAUGGAGAUUGAAGACAAAAAACAAGAACUGGUUGAAAUGGAUCAGGCACUGAAGGAGAGAAAUUGGGAGCUAAAGCAAAGAGCAGCUCAGGUUACACAUUUGGAUAUGACUAUUCGUGAGCACAGAGGAGAAAUGGAGCAAAAAAUAAUUAAAUUAGAGGGUACUCUGGAGAAAUCAGAAUUAGAACUUAAAGAAAGCAACAAACAGGUAGAAAAUUUAAAUGAAAAGUUGCAAAAUGCCAAAGAACAGCUUCGAGAAAAGGAGUUUAUAAUGCUUCAGCAUGAACAGGAGAUAAGUCAACUGAAAAAGGAAACUGAAAGAACACACCAAAGGAUGAAAGAAAUGGAAAGUGUUAUCAAAGAACAGGAAGAAUACAUUGCUACCCAGUAUAAGGAGGUCAUUGACUUGGGGCAAGAAUUGAGGCUCACCCAGGAGCAAGUGCAGAACUCUCAUUCAGACCUGGUAGAGGCUCGUCGCCAAGAAGUCCAAGCACAGAGAGAAAUAGAAAGGCUCUCUAAUGAACUGGAGGACAUAAAGCAACUCUCUAACGAAAAGGAAGCACAUGGAAAUCGUUUGGCUGAAGAACUAGGGGCGUCUCAAGUACGUGAAGCUCAUUUAGAAGCAAGAAUGCAAGCAGAAAUAAAGAAAUUAUUGUCAGAAGUAGAAUCUCUCAAAGAAGCUUAUCAUAUGGAGAUGAUUUCACAUGAAGAAAACCAUGCAAAGUGGAAGGUUUCUGCUGACUCUCAAAAGACUUCUGUUCAACAACUAAAUGAACAACUAGAGAAAGCAAAACUAGAAUUAGAAGAAGCUCAGGAUACUGUAAGCAAUUUGCAUCAACAAGUUCAAGACAGGAAUGAAGUCAUUGAAGCUGCAAAUGAAGCAUUACUUAUUAAAGAAUCCGAAUUAUCCAGAUUGCAAGCCAAAAUUUCUGGACAUGAAAAGACAGAAGACCUCAAGAUCCCACCAGCUUCAUUUAGGACUCUAACAGAAAUUAUGCCUGAUAUUCAAGAUCCAAAGUUUGCUAAACAUUCUCAGAUGUCAUUUUUCAAAGGCAGAAAACUACGUCGUUCUAUUAGUGCCAGUGACCUUAGUUUCAAAAGUCAUGUCAAUGAAGAUCUCUCUGAAGAAUUGCUACAGGACUUAAAGAAAAUGCAAUUAGAACAGCUUUCGGCAUUAGAAGGUGGCCAUAAAGACCUAGCUCUCAAGCAUUCAGAUUCACUUAAACCUCUUCCAUAUAACCUAGAAGAUGAUAGUUCUGAAAGUAAUGACUUUAGUACUCUUAGUGGAAUGCUGAGAUAUAUAAACAAAGAAGUGAGACUGUUAAAAAAGUCUUCUCUGCAAACUGCUGGUUUAACUCAGGAAGGAAAAUUGUAAUUAAAAGAAGAUUUCUGUGUCAUGAAAACUGGAAUUGUUGGUACUGUGCUGUUUAUUACAUGUAGUGCAUAUUUCAUAGAAGCUGUUAUUGUUUUUUAAUAAAUUUUAUAUUUUAAUAUUUUAAAGAAAGUUUUCUAAAAUAUAAUUAUAUUUUUAAGUGAAAAUUAAUUUAUUAUUUUUGGUGAAAAUUGCUGGUUUCCUUGUCUUUUUGUCUUUUACAUAAAGAUAGGCUAAAAUACCUAAUAAGUAAAUUCAGCAUUUGCAUUUUUAGUCAUGCUACUCUAUUGUCUCCUAUUUGUAAUAUUUACUUUUUAAAUUAAUAAUAUGAAUUAUUCUAUGAUAAGUUCUUAAGACUUGUUGGGUGUUCCAUGUUUAUCAGGAACUUUAUAUUUAAUCAUCAAAACAGCCCUAUGAAGUAGAUAUGUUCUUUUUUCUGUUGCUGUUUUAAGUAGAAUUAUUUAACAUGGUAGAAUUAUAUGUUCUAAAGAAAGUCAUUGUAAGUAUUAAGAGGUGGUUUUGGGUUACUGACUCCAUUUAUACAUGGUUAGCACUAAGAAUUAAACAUUGAAGCCCUUAAUAUGUUAUUAGUCACAAUGUGGGUGCUGGGAGGCAAACCCAGACUCUCUGGAAGAGGAGCCAGUGCUUUAGCCAUGGAGCUAUCUCUCCAGCUGUCAUUAGUAUAUCAGUAGUACAUUCUGAAUAACACCAAGUCAGAGUCUAGAACCAAAAAGUAUAUUUGAAAGUUUAAAACACCCAAUAUGAGAGAAACAAAAGUAAUAACUGGCAGUGACAGAAAGAUUAGUUGACUAAAGACAACUGAAUAACAAGAAAAAAAUGAUAGGAUAAAUAUGAAUAGAACACACAGAAUAUGUGGAGAGCAUUAAGGUUAAGAAGAGAAAGGGGAUAGAAAAAGUAUUUAUAGUUAUAGCUGAAAAUACCUCAAGUUUAGUGAAGAUAAAUUAGAACCUGUAGACCUAAAUUCAGUAAAGCCUAAGUAGGAUGCACACUCUCUCUCUCUCCUACUAAGUCAUUUAGUAGUGAAAUCUCAAAAACCAAGAAUAUAAGGCAUAUCUUAAAACAGGUUUUAAAAAGUCUUAUGUAGGAAGAUAGCAAUCCAAAAGGAGGCUGAUUUCUAAUUAUUCAUUAUAAACAAUUUGACUGUUUUUCCUUUGACAGAGACUGACCAUGUAUUAUUAUGUAGCCCUUGCUGGCCUGGGACUUCAGACCCAGGUUGAAUUUGAACUCACAGAAACUCACCUGCCCUUGCCUAUGGAGUGCUAGGAUUAAAGGCAUGUGCCACCAUGCCAGGCAAUUUGACAUAUUUUAAAUAUAAAAACACUAAUAUGAUGACAGUAAAUAGAAUUUAUAUUUUUAAAAAUCCUAUCAAACAGUAGGCAUAAGAAAACUUAAGAGUUAUGUUAAUAUUAGACAAAGUGGGCAUCAAAAUGAAGAUAUUAUCUUAAAUGUAUAUACCUCAAAUGCCAGACUUCACACUUAACAGAAUUGAAAGGGAGUAGGGAAGAAGGGAGGAUCCAUACCCAUAGUAGGAAAAUCUAACCUCUACUUUUUAGUAAUUGAAAGAAUAAAAGACCAAAAAUAAAAGUAAAUACAUAGGAGAUUUUAACAGCAACUUGUCUUUAACAUUUAGAGAAUACUACUUCUAACUGGAUAAUGAAUGCUUGGGUGCAACAGGGGAUUGUAACCAUGUGUUGGGCCAUAAUUUAAAUCAUAAUAAAAAUUUAAAAGUUGACACCAUUUUACGAAGUGUUUUCUGAAUACAAAGUAACUAAAGUACACACUAGUAAUAACAUGUCUAUAAAAUCUUCAAUUAUUAAACAGUUCUGCUAUGUAUGUGUACUCUCCUCACACACAGGAAGAAAUCUUGUAUUUGCAAUUGAUUGCUAAUAAAGAUACAACAGCUAAAUUUGUGAAAUGGAGCUCAAAUUGUAGUUGUCUACUACUACAAAAAUAAAUUUAUAGCUGUAAUGCUUUUACUAGGUUUUUAAAAAUUUAUAACCAGUGAU